UCCAGGCUGAUAUCGACUUAGAUGUUGAAUAGUGAAUAUUUAAUGACUAUAUUUUAUUUUGUGUUUCCAAAUUUGUCUUCUUGUUUGUUUAUAACAGUGUGUGUGUUGGAUUGUUUCUUUGGAUAUUCUUGAACGUUUAAUUCGACGUAUAAAUGACUAUGUCCUAGACUUGAGCAUUUGACUUUGAAGUGACAACCGACUUCAUCUUGCCUUCUAUGUAAUGAAACCCUGGACAGAGGGAGAGAUAUAGGGAGAAACCAUCUUGUUUGAAAUUUUCUACCAGUCAUAAUGCACGUGUAGUUGUAAUUAAACGUCUUAAAUACAAUGUUGGCGUAGACUUUAAAUGUGCUGUCGUGUUGCAUAGUUCUGCAAAUAUGGCUUGUUCGGAGAAAGAACAGAGCGAAUCGAUUAAUCUUGUUGCGGCGGACAAUGCCAAUCAAUCCGAGAACGACGGAAAGUCCAAAGAAAUAAAUUGCAAUGAUUACGAUUCGUUGAACAACCUAAUUUUUCUCGAGAGUGAUGCAGACUCAUUUUAUAAUGACGGCAAAGUCGAUGUUCGUUAUUCGGACGAAUAUAAGACUCCCGGAAAUCGUUCCAAUGGUAUAUUAUCAUUACAUGGAAGCAGACGAUCUGUGUACCAGUCUGACGAGAAUAGCAACAGCCUAUCUUCAAGGCUGAGUUUCCAAAAAGAGUUAAGGAAACAUCGUUUUAUUGUGAAUAAAGGUCUGCAGGAAGGGAGCCGUGACACGGAAACUAGUUUUAAAAUGAACAGUAAGAAAUCAAUAUGGCGAAGCUUCAUUUCACUGUGCACUGGUUUAAUGUUUGCUUUUAUGUCUUUUAUGCCCCUAAGGAACAUUCAAACCAGUUUAUACCCCAUGAAACAGCUAGGUAAUCUUUCCCUUGCCGCAAUGUACAUAUCUUUUGCUGUCGGAUGUCUUUUCUCGAAUUGGAUUACACAGAAUGCUCGCCCAAAGGGAAUCAUUUUAAUAGCCGUAUUUGGUCACGUGGUGUAUUGCGCCGCAAAUGUUUACCCUUCUCUAUACUCCUUACUUCCGGCGUCCUGCUUCUUCGGGUUUUUCCACGCACCUUUAUGGACAACGCAAGAACUUAUGAUUGCCAGCUACGGCGCCAGUUACACCGCCAUUUCACAAGUCCACAUCGACAAAGCAGUGCACCAGUUUCAAAGCGUGUUUCUCGUAUUUUGCCACGCUGCGCAAGUCCUUGGAAAUCUCGUUGAGUCCGCAGUCUUACACUGCGGGGAUACAGAUCCACAACCAGUGAACAUGACGAUGUACAUGUCACGUCUAGAGAACGAUAUAUAUGAGGGUAUCGAAAUUACAAAUAUUUCCCACGAGGUGUACUCUCCAAAGCAGUUAGUAUGGAUGGGACCUUUUGGCUACAAGCUCCAGCCUGACGUGGGUCUCACAUCCGGUGAUAAGCCAAACUUCGAAAACAUUCUUAAAUUUGUGUUCAUUUCAUUUGCGGUCAUGGGAAUGACAAUUAUAUGCCUUUUCCUCAAUAAACCGGAUAUCAUUAUUCACAAGAGAAAGACGUCACUUUGUGAAAAGCUCCGCAACGUCAGACGAUUUAUGACGACCGGGACGUUUUUCUCCCUCUUUCCGUUGAUGCUUUUCAGUGGAAUGCAGCAGGCUGUUGUCAUUGGAAACGUUACCAAGAUAUACGGUACCCUGACUCUGGGCCUGUCGAUGGUCGGCUAUAUGAUGAUGUGUUACGGCACGUGCCAGCUCGUGGUUCUGCUCCUCGUGGAAAAGGUCCACAACCAGCUCAAGACCAGCGUCGCCAUCUUUAAUGCGUUCCUGGUGUCCCUUGGGCUGCUAGUGUGGCUGUAUAUAUGGGAGCCCGGGCAUGAUGAACUUCUCAAGGUCAUCGCCUACGUGGGCAUUUGGGGAGCGGUGGACGGGCUCUGGCAGUCACAAGUCCAGAACGUGCUGUUGUCGUGGUCGGUAGGACGGCGGGACGCGGCGGUGACGGUGUUCCGGACGGUGCAGAGUCUAGGCCUAGCGCUCGUGUUUCUUCUUGACGUCUACGUGACUCUUCUCAAUAUGAUCUGCGUCUGCUGCGGCGUCCUCGUCGUCGGCGUCAUCUUGUACCUUCUCCUAGAGGUGGUGCGCUCACCACAGAUCUCGGCGGAGCCUCUGCCAUUCGCGCUCUAGUAUGUACAAGGUGUAUGAAGAAUCAAAAUAAGACUUGAGCGGCUCUAGAUGCGACAGUAAUUGCUUGGUAGCUUAUCUCGUAAACGCGGCCAGGAGACAGUGCGAUUAUGAACCUUCUUCUUGCCUUGAAACCCGCCACCGAAAGUCACAGCCACUUGUACUUACGUGCGUGAUCAAAUAUAUAGUGGAGUUGAUUCUUAGGACAAACUUGAUCAUUUGGCCUGUGGUACGCAAUAUUCUAUACCUGCUUCUUGCUUCCGUGCAGUUUAAUACCACAGAUCGCUGUGUAACCGUAGAAUGUUUCCCUCGUGCACACCAUUACAACACUCCCCGAUAUAUGAUAUUGAAGAUCCCUGCAUAUGCGAUUGUUUAAGGAGGAGGAUCGGGCUUUAAAUUAAAAACGUUGAGAUAUUUAGCUCGUCUGUUUUAGAAAGAAAAAAAUGUUUGGGUAUUGUUGUAGUUUUGGUCUUUACAAAAACUUGACCUAAACUAAACACCAUUCAAGAAAUUCAAAUGAUAGACAUGUUUCCUGAGACAAUAUUAGAAUGUAUAGCAAGGCCAAUAUUAAUGCCUUAAAUAUAUUACGAGUUAUGUCCCUUUUCCCACUGAACUAUGAACACAUACGUCGCGUUCGCUCCGCGGUGCUCUUGUUACGACAAGGUAGCGUUGGAAUAGCAGCUCUGCUCCAACCGGUGGUGUUGUCAUUAAAUAUGACAGCACCCACUGGCACAAUUUAGUGUGGUAAAGGCGUGGGUAUCGAAAAUUUAGGGAACAAUGCAAAAAUGUUGUAGCUCUUUAAGCAUGCUAUAUGAUAGGACAGUCUUCGCCUGCUUAUUUCUUUGAACAAGAUAUGAUGGGACAGUCAUUGCCUGCUUAUUUCCUGGAACAUGAUAUAUGAUGAGACAGUCUUCGUCUGCUUAUUUUGAUCGCUCGCUUUGUGAAUGUGGCCCGUGAACUUGCCUUGGAAAGGCUGAAGUGUGUUCAGUGUUUGACUGCUAGAGUGUGUUGCUGCCAUUACUAUACUGUGUGAAGGCAAUGAUUAUUGUUCGUUUGAAAGUGCUUUAAAUAUUACAAAGUUAUCGUUUGAGAAGUUGUCCCAAGUUUGGGGACUGUGCAACACCUGUCUAUUUUAAAAGUUUGUUUUAAACAUUUAUCCACCUUGUGAUACGUAACGAUUUUUUACAAAAAUAUUGUAAAAUCAUAAAACACUGAAUUGUGCAAACAUUGUUAUUUUAGAUGUGUAAUAUUUGCCAACUUUAAAUAUUUUUUCAUGUUGGUAAUGUUUAGGCAUUGAAGCAUUACAUUCUGUUUGGAACUUUGUCGACCAUUUAAGUGACAAUUUCACUUAAUGACAAAUUGUGGCUGAUAACAGUGUGUAUAUACGAGUAUAAACGAUAUUGUUCAAAAGGAAAAAGUGCUGUUGUGUAGAUCUAAGUUGAAGGAGUUUACUCUGUUACCGGUUAUUUAAUAAGGUUUUAUUAAUUCUAAUUUCAUUUAAUGUCGUGAACUUGUUUCAAAAGUUAGCGCUUAAUACCCAAAACCUUUAAUGUUUACUUUCAUAAAUGUAUCCCAUUCCGUAUUCCGUGUGCUUUAUUUCAAUGUGAAUAAAGUAUGUACCAUA